CAGACCCGUGAGCAUCUCCUCGGCGCGUAAAACCCCUCUGUGACGGACUAAAGUAGGGGGAUGAACUUGUGCGGCAGGAUCGCCAAACGCAUCCACGGUCUCACUUUCCGGGAAUUACGCACUUCUGGACACUUUUUUCCCCCCCGAUCUGAUCUUGACAUGGGACUCUGCAAGAUCAUGGCAAUUUGGACGAAAUCCCUAUUGUGUGAACAUUGUUUUCUGAAACGCUUUCGGAGGGCUGCUUCGCCCGUGUAAUCCUUCUUUUUUGCUGUUUGUGCGGGAUCUGGACACGAGCUUUAAAAAUGAUCCCACCCCCCCAAGGUCUGGAAAACAAAACAAGUGGAGUCAAAGCAGUAAAUGAUAAAGUGCUCGACUUGGAUCCUUUACAGUUUUCAGUGAUUAUGCCAUCAAGGUUAUAAAUUUGGUGGUUUCAUCUGUUUGAGCCAAGGAAAGGAGGGAGAAGAAGGAGAAGAAAGAAGAAGGAGGAAAUUUGAGCUGCAAGUGAAUGCAUCCAUGGCUUGUACACCGUGAGAAGGUGCAACGUGAAAGAGUGCUCAAAGGAGACAGACAACCAACAGGAUGAAACUGUGGAGAAGGUCGGCUUGGCCUUGGCAGGUGGCCUUCCUUGUUGCCUUGGUGAUGCUCUGGGUUGACCCGGUGUCUUCUGGCAACCGUAAUCAUCAGGGACCAACAGUAUCGUAUCAGGUGAAGGAGGGGACAUGUGAGGUGGUGGCUGUCCAUCGCUGCUGCAAUAAAAACAAAAUUGAGGAGCGUUCGCAAACUGUCAAGUGUUCCUGUUUCCCAGGGCAAGUUGCUGGCACCACCAGAUCCAGACCCUCUUGUGUGGAAGCCUCUAUUGUAGCUCAGAAAUGGUGGUGCCACAUGCACCCAUGCAUGGAUGGAGAGGAGUGCAAGGUCCUACCUGACCUGACUGGCUGGUCAUGCAGUACUGGCAACAAAGUAAAAACCACCAAGGUGACACGAUAGCAAAAAAGCCACUGAGCCACGAGAAAACCGAAAACUCUCCAGGUGGAGAGGUUGGAUGACUCACACAUAUUCACUGUACGAUGUGGAAAAGUAUCACAGAAAGGAACUGCUGUCAGGAUAUCCAUCGUAAAAACAAGCAGAAAAAAGUGUUGUCAUCAAAAACUGUGUACACUAAGGGCCACACAUGCAGCAUAUGUACUGUGCCAGUUAUCAGGACUAAUGGACUACAAACAGGGUACAUAUGGACAACAAGGUACUUGUAUUUUGUAAUUAUGGACAGUAUGGUUUGAUUAACCUUGGAUGCUAAAUCCCUAAUGACACAUUUCAGAGUAUGUAUGUUUUAUGUAAGCAUUUGGAGAUGAGUGUGAAAUGUGAACUAUAAAAGCUGUGCUGACAGUGUUGCUGACCACAAGACCUGACCUGUAUUCAGUAUGUAAAACAAGAAAUAGUGGGGAUGAUCUGUUAAGAAUGAAACAGAUAACAGCUCAUUAGUAGCAAAUAGCAAAUUAGCAUCAGUUUGCUGUUGUUGGUCAAAUCCCAACCAUAAAGACUGUUUUGCAGGAGUCAUUUUGCAAUUCUAAUUAGGAAUUGCAGCAGGAUCAUAACAGCACAUCAAAAAUUCAUGUAAGAUAUUUGCACUAGUCGAAACCAUUUGGGAAUGUUUUGUUUUUCUAGAUAUCUGCCAUCUUUUGCUGUGGAUGUCACUUUUAAUUGGAGGUGAGCAUUUUGUAAAAUGUCUUAAACUUGAAGUACUGUAGGUAAAUAUGUAUAUCAUGCAACACUAAUUCUAAGUAGCUAGCUUGAAAUUGGUUCAGAUUCUUGAGCUUUGCAUAAAUACAGCUUGGUACGGUGUGAACUAACAAAGAGUGAUUCAUCUGUCUCAUCUUUGCCCAGACACCUCUAAGAGCUCAGUCUUCAAGGAAAUGUCUUCGAUCUGUUAUGUUCCGUCUGUGGCACCUCUAAUGUUAAUGGUUAAAAGGACCAUAAAUGUUCAAAAAAGGAUGGCUUG